ACUAUAUUAGCACGCAUUUUAUCUGUUACACUUAAAAACACAUCAAAGUUUGGGUUUGAGGAUAUUCGUGCAUACCCACUUAGAGGGUAUCAUACAGAAAAGAGAGCCUAUAUUCGCAUUACUACAUGGAAUCACUUUGAUCGGAACAAGGCAUUGAAAGCGGUUCGUGAAGUUGGCAUUCAUACAGCCUCAGAUGAUCUAACCUGCCAGUAUUAUUAUCGCAAAAUAGCCCGUGAAGAAAGAUUACCUCUUUCGAGUUGGGCAGUAUUAAGUAAUUAUUUAUACGAACGCAUUCAGGAGGGUACUUAUCUCUUCCAAGUAUCCGUGAACAAUUACAACCCAAUAAGCGAUGACGAGUAUAACAAUCCAUUAAUUUCUUCUACACUUUUACGGGAUCGCACUCUAGUCCUAACAUGGGAUAUAGAGACAUACAGUUCACGAAGAAUGGGUGGGGUGCCCAAUGCAAAAUAUGAAGAGGACGUUGUGUUCAUGAUUUGUAUGACAGUUCAUUGGAAGGAUGAUCCCGAACCGUUAAAACGAAUCUGUCUUGUCGAUGUUGAAACUGCGCCAGAUCCACAAUGGAUUACAGUCAUAUGCGGGUCUCAAACCAACUUGUUAAAGGCCUUUGCAUUAUGUUGGAAGAAUUUAGCCCCAGAUAUAUAUAUAGGCUUUAAUGAUUCACAAUACGACUGGAAAUUUAUUGUGGAGAAAGCUAAUAAAUUAGGAGUUCUCGAAUGGAUGUUCAAUCAUAUGUCAUUCAAGCCAUCAAGCCUGGAAAAAAUUAUAAAAUGGGAAUAUCGAUAUAACAUGAUAAAAGUAAAUGAUGGAAAAUUCCAUUCGAAACAUCUUAAAAUUCCCGGCUGUGUGGCUAUUGACGUCCGGCCCUGUUUUAUGGGAUUUUAUUCUAAAGCCGAAAAAAGUAGUCUCGCAUAUUACUUAGGGGAGUGUAAUCUUGAAAACAAAGUGGAUUUACCUAUUCACCGUAUGAACAAAUAUUAUGAAAGAGCAUUAAAAGAAACAAAUGUUACAACGGCCGAGCAGAUGCGUGAAGUGGCCAAAUACUGCAUUAUCGACGCUCUUAGCUGUCAGCGGUUAAUGGUAAAGCGAAAUGCAAUUAACGAGUACAGGGAGGUGGCAUCCGUGGCCUUCAUAUCAUUAUAUGAUUCACAUUAUUUUGCAGUAGGAAUGAAAGUGCGUAAUCUUUUAAGUGCCGGUGCGUGGCAGGAAGGGAUUUUAACCAGUACAAUUCCAUGUGAACAAACGGAAACAGGAAAAUACCCUGGAGCCUAUGUUUUCCCACCGGUAAAGGGUCUUGAGAAUAAACGUCCUGUCACAG